CCCUCCUUCGCCCCCUCUCCGGCCUCGCCCCAUCCCUGCCUCCCUGCCUCCCUGCCUCCCUGGCCGGCCUCCAGCGCACAUGGCGGCGGUCCCCGGGUCCGGCUCCGGCCAGAAGGAGCUGAAGAUCGUCAUCGUGGGGGACGGAGGCUGCGGCAAGACCUCGCUGCUCAUGGUGUUCAGCCAGGGCGCCUUCCCCGAGCAAUACGCCCCUUCGGUGUUCGAGAAAUAUACCACCAGCCUGUCUGUGGGCAACAAGGAGGUGACCCUGAACCUGUACGACACUGCGGGCCAGGAAGACUACGAUCGUCUCCGCCCCCUCUCCUACCAGAACACCCACCUGGUUCUCAUCUGCUACGAUGUCAUGAACCCCACCAGUUAUGAAAAUGUGCUUAUCAAGUGGUUUCCGGAAGUGAGUCACUUCUGCCGGGGAAUCCCCACCGUGCUCAUCGGCUGCAAGACUGACCUGCGCAAGGACAAAGAGCAGCUGCGCAAGUUGCGGGCUGCCCAACUGGAGCCCAUCACUUAUAACCAGGGGGAGAGUGCCUGCCAGCAGAUGAACGCAGAGCUAUACCUGGAAUGCUCUGCUAAAUUCCGGGAGAACGUGGAAAACGUGUUUCGUGAAGCCACCAAAAUCGCGCUGGCUGCCCUCAAGAAAGCCCAGCGGCAGAAGAACCGGCGAUCCUGCACACUGUUGUGAGGGGUGGGCACUAUCCCACCCCGGACCCCCGAUCGUCCGACUGGCUCCUCGUGUGGACUAGACUCCAGCCCACCUCAUCAGCGGCUGCCAGCCAGGACCCAUUCUGGCUCCAAGGCCCUGUUGCGCUGUGUUUUUGGUGGCGCCAGCAGGCCCCUCCUCCCAUCUAAGAAGCCCGGGAGGGUAGAGCCGCUGCUCCCUGGCAUAUACAUCUGCUGCCCCUUCCACCUUCAACGCCAGGGCCUUGGGGGCAAGGGCUCAGGUUGCUGGGCCCCACAUACCGUGAUGCAGUCACGGCGAAGGGGCCAGCGUGUUGAGCAGCUCAGCCCAUUGGAUUGGGCUAUUCAAAGUGUAACCCUUGGUGUGACUGACCUGAUGACUCUGUAUCCACCUCAGCACUUAAUACAGUGCCUGGCCCAUAGUAAGCAGUGAAUAAAUACCACCGUCAUUAUUAGUGGUGGGGAAGAGAGCCAGGGCCUGACCCUGCGAGGACUUGCUGGCCUCAGAGUCCUCUGGAUUUAGGCUCCUCUUUCUCAUCUAUUGCUGGGCUCCCUGCACCGCCAUGAUAAAGACCCAUCUCCCCUG